AUGGCCAGCCUGUGCCUGGAGCGGACGUUUGCUACGUAUUACGUGGCCGACUACGACGUGAAAGAUCGAUACUGGAUAGCCGGACUGUCGGUCGGCUUGGCGUUAUCCGGAUCUUUUAUUGCUAGUUUAUUGUUGCUGUUUGAAUGGCUCACUUUUUUCCACGGUAUCCUGUUAGCCCUUGUGGCGACAUCGGGCAUUUUUGUGUACCUCCGCUACAUCUACCAAACAAAUCGCCGUAUCCGGAAAGCGAUGAAGAAACUCGACGCUACCGGAUAUUCCCUCUCAAAGCGGUACCAAAUUGCUGAGAAUAUUGAGGCGCUAAGGUUAAUCUUCGUAUUUGGCUCCACGUGUCUCGUUUUCAACGGGUUCAUCGCGCUGUGCUUCCUGGCGGCCGAAUCAUUUUGCGAGUCCGGCUCAGUGUGGUCCUACGCUUUCUACGAGUUGGCCGAUUUUAUGAUUGCGGUUUACGGUAUGACGAUUCUGGCCUUUCCGCUUGGCUUCUCCUCAAUACGAUUCGCUCUGGCGAAGGAAUUGGGUGAAGUG